AUGUCACGUCUACCCCCAGAACUCCUCAUUCACAUUCUGAAGCACAUCCAUUCCGCUCGCGAUCUAGUCAGCUCUCUCCAGGUCUGUCGCACUUGGUGCGAAUGUUCGGUCGAACUAUUAUGGCACAAGCCUAAUCUUAACAAGUAUUUCACCGUCGAGAAAAUGGCAAGGCUCCUCGCCGUUCCCGACCAGACUUUUACCUACGCCAGCUUUAUUCGUCGUCUCAAUUUCCUUGCAGUAGCCAAGGAACUUCGUGAUGACAUCUUCUGCAAUUUCGGUAAAUGCGAUCGUCUAGAAAGGUUGACUCUUGUCAACUGCCAUCAACUUUCAGAAGUAGCCAUUCUCCAGACUCUACCUUGCUUUCCAAAUCUCGUCGCUGUUGACCUCACAGGAGUUGUACACACGUCCGAUGAGGCCAUUGUUGGUCUUGCAUCAGUCGCAAGACGCCUGCAAGGCAUCAACCUCACAGGAUGCAAGCACGUUUCUGAUGAAGGUGUCAUGGCCCUUGCACUCAACUGCCCUCUCCUGCGUCGCGUGAAGCUUAGUGGCCUUGAGGAUCUCACCGACGAACCGCUCCAAGCACUCACUAAAUCUUGCCCUCUGCUCCUCGAAAUCGAAUUAAGCAAUUGCAAGCUAGUCACCGACAUCGCUAUCCGAGAUGCAUGGUCGCGCUCCACUCACAUGCGUGAGAUGCGUUUGUCUCAGUGCUCUGAGCUGAGCGAUACUGCAUUCCCAGCCCCGAUCAGAAGGGACUCAAAGAGUGUGUCCGAACCCUCAGUCAACCCUUUUGCGUCCUCCACUUCAGAGUCGGCUGAUCUCCCUCCAUUGAUUAUCAAUCGCACCUUUGAACACUUGCGGAUGUUGGACCUCACAGCGUGUUCAAAGGUCACGGAUGAUGCCAUUGAAGGUAUCGUAUCGCAUGCCCCAAAAAUCCGUAACCUUGUACUUUCCAAGUGUGGUCUUUUGACUGAUCGAUCCGUUGAAAACAUAUGCAAACUCGGCCGUCAUCUACACUAUCUUCACCUCGGGCACGCAAGUAAAAUCACAGACGGUUCCGUUAGGACUUUGGCACGGUCUUGCACUCGGCUUAGAUAUGUGGACUUUGCUAAUUGCCAUCUUCUGAGCGAUCUUGCCGUUUUCGAACUGGCGGGACUACCAAAAUUGAGGAGGAUUGGACUGGUUCGAGUUCCCAAUCUAACUGAUGAAGCUGUUUUUGCCUUGGCGGAAAGACAUGCUACUUUAGAACGUAUUCACCUAUCUUACUGCGAUCAAAUCUCUGUUAUGGCUAUUCAUUUCCUUCUCCAAAAACUCCACAAGCUGACCCACCUUAGUCUUACGGGGGUCACUGCCUUCCGCCAACCGGAAUUACAGCGUUUCUGUCGUGCGGCACCUGCAGAUUUCAAUUCUGCACAACAAAAUGCAUUCUGUGUAUUCUCUGGAGCAGGCGUUGCGCAACUCCGCGCAUACCUGACUGAAACCUUCGACCGUAUCACAGAACAGAAUGGCACUGAUGAUACAGAGUAUGAGGAUGAUGAUGAUAUCGAAGAAGAGGAUACUCCAGAAUUAGAGAUUGAUGGCGACUUGGAAGACGAAUACAUUUCGCGAACAUCAAUGGCUAACAAUCAUCACAUCACCGUCCAUCGUGGUCAUCGACAGAAUAAUUACGGUGCCGUUUGGCCUUCUCGAAAUUCUACCGAGGAACAUGUACUUCCUACAAUCCCUACAGACCGUCCCAUACCGAAUUCGCUCUUGGCCCGUUUGAAUGCUGUCAUGGCAGCAGGACCUUCCAGCGCGCGUUCGCCUUCUUCCUCGAACUCCAAUAGAUUAGCACCUGCAUCGGUUGGCGCUUUCAGGAACAUUGCGGAAGCGUUGCCCAUAAUUGAACAAUCGCAAUCACCUCCACCAAGCGACGUCGCUUCUAAUGCUAGCGGCGCAACAAAUAACUCCAAUGGAGCAGGUUUUUUCCGCUCGUACCAAGACGGCCUUAUUCACUCUCGAGCAAACGAAGUUCGAACUCCAGAUCUAAAUUUCGCUGAAAUCGGACAUGGUAGAGGUGCGGUUGCAGCUGGGGGAUUGCCAGCUUCUGUUACCAACGCUACGCCGACCAACUUCCAGAUGCGUCGUGCACAGGUACUAACUCCCCAUCCUCGCCCUCCGCCCAUUGAUCUUCAACAUGCAACUGCCUCUUCAUCUGCUCAACCGGUUUUCAGUAACAGCUCGCAACCUGAGUCAAGCAUUGCAUGGCCUUACUCUGAACCGGCUUCCCCUCCGCUCACCGGUUAUGAUGCAGAACAAGAGGAAAAGGAAUUGGAACCUCUCGCUGGUCCUUCGGGCUCCAUUCCGGCUUCUGGGUCCGGAGACGCUAGAGGUCGUGGUGUGAGGAAAAGCCUCCGAAACACAAUCAACGCUGCUGAGCACAACAUUAGCUCAUUCCUGUUUGGGAGGGCACCCCUUCAGGUUCGGGGUCCGACGACAUCUGAUGAAGGUCAUACGUCAAGCUCUAACGCUAGACAUGCUGCCGCUAGAGGCGGCCAUUGA